CGUAUCCUGCCAUUGGUUGGAGCGGGUGACAAUCACACGUUUUCUCGUCACAAAAUAACGGAGAAGGAAGCGACGUUUCUGGUUCUUGUCUCAUUAAAGAAUCCUGGAAUUAUUAAAGUGUCGGGUGGGAAAAAAAACGAAACAGAUCCUGCCGAGAUGAUCCACAGCCUGUUCCUGGUGAACGCGUCGGGGGACAUCUUCCUGGAGAAGCACUGGAAGAGCGUGGUCAGCAGGUCCGUCUGCGAUUACUUCUUCGAGGCUCUGGAGCGAGCCACGGAGCCGGAGAACGUGCCCCCGGUGAUCCCGACCCCGCACCACUACCUCAUUAACGUGCUCCGCCACCGCAUCUACUUCGUGGCCGUGAUCCAGAGCGAAGUGCCUCCUCUGUUCGUCAUCGAGUUCCUGCAUCGCGUCGUGGACACCUUUCAGGAUUAUUUCGGGGUUUGCACAGAAGCGGCGAUUAAAGACAAUGUGGUGGUGGUCUAUGAGCUUCUGGAGGAGAUGCUGGAUAACGGCUUCCCGCUGGCCACCGAAUCAAACAUCCUGAAAGAGCUCAUUAAACCUCCCACCAUCCUGCGCACUGUGGUCAACACCAUCACGGGGAGCACUAACGUAGGCGAGCAGCUUCCUACAGGUCAGCUGUCGGUGGUCCCGUGGCGGCGCACCGGGGUCAAGUACACCAACAACGAAGCUUAUUUCGACGUGGUGGAAGAAAUCGACGCCAUCAUCGACAAAUCUGGUUCCACGAUCACAGCAGAGAUUCAGGGAGUGAUAGACGCCUGCGUGAAGCUCACGGGGAUGCCCGAUCUCACCCUGUCCUUUAUGAACCCUCGGCUCCUGGACGACGUCAGCUUCCACCCCUGCGUCCGGUUCAAGCGCUGGGAGGCCGAGCGGAUCCUGUCCUUCAUCCCGCCGGACGGAAACUUCCGCCUCCUCUCCUACCACGUCAGCUCUCAGAACCUGGUGGCCAUCCCGGUGUACGUGAAGCACAACAUCAGCUUCAGAGAGGGCAGUUCUCAGGGCCGCUUUGAGCUCACCCUGGGCCCCAAGCAGACCAUGGGCAAAGCGGUGGAGUCCGUCCUGGUGAGCAGUCAGCUGCCCCGGGGCGUCCUCAACGCCAACCUCAACCCCUCGCAGGGAACCUACACCUUCGACCCCGUCACCAAGCUUUUGUCUUGGGACGUGGGCAAGAUCAACCCCCAGAAGCUGCCCAGUUUGAAAGGAUCUAUGAGUCUCCAGGCAGGAGCGUCCAAACCUGACGAAAACCCAACCAUCAACAUCCAGUUCAAGAUCCAGCAGCUGGCCAUCUCAGGUCUGAAAGUAAACAGGUUGGACAUGUACGGCGAGAAGUACAAACCUUUCAAAGGCAUCAAGUACAUGACCAAGGCCGGCAAAUUCCAAGUCCGGACCUAGAGGGACUCAGUCCUGGUUUGCCCGAUCUCCUUUGGGAAGCGUUUCAGGAUCAUUUCAGGAAAACACCGUACGAUAAGACUGUCAGUCGGUAACGGGAGCGAUUGUUCUGUUAUUAACACUAUCAAGUUCACCCGAGUUAAAGGGCCGGUAACUUCAUAUUCCUGUUUUAUUGCGUCCAGUUUUUCACAGCUCUCUCCUUCACGGUACUGUCAUGUAUUGCUCUGUUUUCUCAAGGUGUCUCAUUUCUGCAGAACAAUAAUCCCUCACGACCAUCACAGCCUCCGUCCCCGACGACUGUGUCCGACGCAAACCAUUUAAUAAUAUCUUUUUUUUUUAAAAAUGGUCAAACACUGGACUUUCAUCUUUUUGUUUACUGUAGCGUGUGUACCUUUCGUUUUCGCUGUUAUCGAACUACGCUAUUUAUUGCCUGUCAAAUACUUUAAAGCAUAACCGACCGUAAGAGUCCACGGUAACCCUAUAAGCGAUGCUCGAUUGUUCGGUUUUACCCAGAAUGCAACGUGCGUUUAUGAAACCCGUCCGACCGUCUGAAGCGCAGCUGUAGAAGUUAUGAUUAUGGAUGCUGAAUGAAAGUAGGAAAUGUGUGCAUUUUGUUUUUAGCUUCUGUUGAUGUUUCCUUUCCUGUUUGUUUACAGUGCUAUGAAAUGAUGAUGAUGAUGAUUAAAAACACACACAAAACGUC